AUGUCUCUUCAGCAUCUGUAUGGCCGGCCGAGCGUGAUGACCGCGCUACGGGCCGGCAUCCGGCCACUUGCUGAGCUGACCCUGCUGGUCCCGCCCGGCUACACCAAGCCCAACGGCCCGACCAAGAAGCCCCGGAAGUCGGCCGGGCAAUUUGGCGCACACCAGCCCGAGCAGGACCUCACUGUGACCCGAGAGGUGGAGGCCAUGGCCCGCGAGCUGGGCGUCAAGGUGACCCUCACCACGGACCGGCACACCCUCAAUGCCCUGGCCAAGCAGCGGACACAUGGGGGCAUGGUCCUGGCAACGGGGGAGUUCCCGCUAAACAGCAUCUCGCGCCUGAUGGGGCCGACCCUGCCAGAGGCGCUGGCCACCGCCGUGGCUCCGACCACCCCCGGCCCGGCGGCUGACAGCGACCCCUCUGACGCCGGCAACAGUGCCACUGUCUACAACAUCCAGGUGACCGGUCCGUCCGGUCGGCGUGGGCUCAAGCCCCGGAGCUUCCCGCCGGGGCUGACUGGCGGAUCGACCGCCCACCACCGGUGGCCCGUGUGGCUGGCAUUGGACGAAGUGGUCGAUCCUCAGAACCUCGGAAGUAUCCUUCGCUCGGCAUACUACUUUGGCGUCGAUGGUGUGGCCCUGUGCACGCGCAACAGUGCCCCUUUGUCUCCGGUAGUCAGUCGCGCCUCGGCCGGCUCCCUGGAGGCCUUCAUCUCGCCCUUUCCCGAUGGGAAAGACCAGAAAUCCGCCCCGAUUUCGGAGCGAGCCGAUCAGCAGCCACUCCUGUACAAUGUUCAGGCCAUGACCCGGUUCCUGGCCGAGUCACGGAUCAACAGCUGGGACAUCAUUGGCACGGUGGGGCCGGACUUCGAGCCGGAUGUCCAGGGCUUGACGGCCGACAGGGCCCCGAAGCAACAGCCCCCGACGCCGACCCUGGCCGAGGCCUCGCUCGCGGCCCUGCGCGCCUCGCUCCCGGCCGAUGCCCUGCCGGAGCCGGAGCCGGAGCCGGAGCCGACGCCCCGCGACCCGCAGACGCGCUUUGAGGGAUCAUCCAACAUGGCGGACCUGCUGGUGUCCGGCCGGCCGGGCGACGGGGAAUCCGAAGCCUCUUGCCCGGGGGAGAAGGUGCUACUGACUGUGGAGGAUCUAUCCGAGCUGGAAAUUCGCCGGCCGACCAUCAUUGUUCUCGGGAAUGAAGGCCGCGGGAUGCGAACGAAUGUGGCCCGGCUGUGCAACCGGCUGGUCAGCGUUCCGCGCGUGGGCCGGGCCCCGGUCUUUGCCAACUCCCUUCCUGGUGGGUCCGAGGAGGUGGUCGACUCGCUGAAUGUCGGCGUGGCCACCGGAGUCAUCCUGAGCGAGGUGGUUCGCCAGGCACACCGUGGCUGGACCCCCGAGUUGGGGUCCGACUUCUUCGAGCACAACCUGGCCGACGUUCAGCAGCUGGAUCGGGAGAUCGCCCACAUCCGCAGUCUUAAGAAGGAGCAGCAGCAGCAGCGCCAGCAGCAGGAGCAGGGGCAGGAUAAGUGA